AUGGCCACGUCAACCGAGGCUAAUGCUCAGGGGUAUAACCUCCAAGUUGACUAUGUCGUGCAAUAUAGCUUCGGCGAUCUAGAUCAGUCCCAGGCGAUUGAGCUGCUGGAGAAGUUGCUUCAUACCUUGACAGAAGUCGGUCUACAAACCGAAGUUCGUCAAGGCGAUGAAUCUUCCUUGCUUGUCUUUGUGCGGGCGUCGAAGAAACAGUUGAAGCGGGCGGUGUAUCGAUCACGAGUCCGCGACUGGCUCUAUGGAAUUCGCAAUGCUGAGCCUGAACCCGCCGAUGCCAUCGAUCCCGCAACCGAAACCGAAGCAGAGCGACUGCGAGUCAUCAGCCACUUGAUCACUCUCCCCGUCCAAGAAGGAGGUGCUGGAAUCACCCCACAACAUGGAGAAUGGAAAAACGUGACGGCAGUGUUCCCUCUACACGAUGAGGAGACAAAUAAACGCUGGAUGCGUGAAUGGAGUCAGAAGACCUUCCUUUCCGAAGAGGAACUGGAUCAAAUCCGCAACAAGUUUGGAGAAAGCGUCGGCUUCUACUUCGCGUUCCUCCAAUCCUACUUUCGCUUCCUCAUCUUCCCUGCCGUCUUCGGCUUCAGCUGUUGGUUUCUUCUGGGUGGAUUUUCCAUCAUUUACACCGUCGUCAACUCGCUGUGGUGCAUCAUCUUUGUCGAAUACUGGAAAAGGCAAGAGGUGGAUUUGAGUUGUCGCUGGCAGACCAAGGGAGUCUCCGCGGUACAGACCAAACGGCGUCAAUUCAAACCCGAGAAGGAAAUUCGAGAUGAAAGCACUGGUGAGAUACGGGGCGUCUUCCCAGCGACCAAGCGAAUGCAGAGACAACUUCUCCAAAUUCCUUUCGCACUGCUAGCUGCGACCGCUCUCGGUGCCAUCAUCGCCACUUGUUUCGCUAUCGAGAUCUUCAUUGCGGAACUGUACAAUGGUCCCUUGAAGACUUAUUUGGUUUUCAUUCCCACUAUUCUCGUCUCGGCACUGGUUCCAACUAUGAGCGCGGUCCUUGUUUCGAUUGCAACCAAGCUGAAUGACUACGAGAACCAUGAGACAAUUGAUGCAUACGAUGUCGCUUUGACCCAGAAAGUCUUCGUCAUCAAUUUCAUGACAUCCUAUCUCCCAGUGUUCCUAACUGCCUUUGUUUAUGUCCCUUUCGCCAGUCGAAUCGUCCCGUACCUGGAUGUAUUCCAUCUAACACUCCGGCCUUUUGUCUCCAAGGAGCACUCUACCACUAAACGGUCACACUUCCAAAUCGAUCCUGCACGGCUUCGAAAUCAGGUUGUAUACUUCACUGUCACUGCCCAGAUUGUUGGCUUUGCAAUGGAGACCAUCGUUCCCUACAUCAAACAACACGCAUUCCGCGAAUACAAAGCAUACAACAAGAAGCGCCAAAACAAGUCCGAGCGUAACGGCGAUAAAGAAUCCCCGGAGAGAGUACCUGCCGUUGUCUACGAUGACCCACCCGAGGAAGCCCAGUUCCUGAAGAGGGUUCGAAACGAGGUGGACCUGUCUGACUACGAAGUCACUGACGACCUCCGCGAAAUGUGCAUUCAAUUCGGUUAUCUGGCUCUCUUCUCUCCAGUAUGGCCACUCGUUCCGGUCUCCUUCUUUGCCAACAACUGGAUUGAGCUCCGAUCAGACUUCUUCAAAAUAUGCAACGAGUUCCGUCGACCUACCCCUCUCCGUACCGAUACAAUUGGUCCUUGGCUCGAUACGCUGGGAUUCCUCUCCUGGACUGGCAGUAUCACCAGCGCGGCGUUAGUUUACAUGUUCAGCGGAAACGCUCAGCAAGGUCCCAGCGGCGAGCCGACAGACAUUAAGGGCUGGGCAUUGCUUAUAUCCAUCUUUUUCUCGGAGCAUCUCUACCUCGCUGUCCAGCAUGUGGUUCAGAUUGCUAUGACAAAACUCGAGCCACCCAACGCACGCAAAGAACGAUCCGAGCGAUAUCUUAUGCGCAAAAGAUAUUUUGAAUCGACUAUCAGUGCCCAGAAUGACGCUGAUCAGACUGAAGAAAGCCCCUCUGAGAGCCUGGGACUGUCACGUAAGGCUCUAGAGGAAGAUGCUCGUCAAACGUCACUGCAUGAGGCCGAUCCUGCCGAGCGUUUCUGGAUGCGCCAACACGGCUGGGCAGAGUCUGCCAAAGUCGGCGCUGGAAUCAUUCAGGCCAGGCCCACUCCCACAGCAAAGAAGGAGCAGAAGAAGGAGCAGUAG